AUGGCGCCGUCGCGCUCGCCCUCGUGGGCACCCUCCGCAACAAUACAGUCAACCCAACAUCCCAUCCCUGAACUCCACCACAGCCUCAAGCACGACAGCUCCGUGCUCGCCCUCACGGUUAGCGACGACAGGAUAUAUGCUGGUACACAAGACGGCGAAAUCGUCGUCUGGUCACUCAGCACAUAUCGCCAGCUGCACAGCAUUCAGGCGCACAAGCGCAGUGUCCUCAGCCUCUUCCUCUCCGAUGAUGGCACCAUGCUCUUCUCGAGCGCCGCGAGCGAUCCGAUCGUCAAUGUAUGGUGCCCGACCACCAUGAGACGGUUGUACGAAAUCUACAGCACGAACGACAGUUUUGGCGACAUUUUCUCGGUCGCAUACUCCCCACAACACCAGACCGUCUACUACGGCGCACAGAACACAUCCAUACAAUGGGCCAGCCUGAGCGACCUGAAGCAGCAGGUCGCCCACGACUCUGCCAACCACCCGGAUCGCAGGAACCACCGCUUCUUCGACUCUAGGGCGGUCGGUGGGGGCGCCAGCACACCUCGCAUGACCGACGAGCGAUUUGAGCUCAUCCCUCGCUCUCAUACCGUGAUCGAGACCGACAAGCGCGCUAACCUUAUGUAUGCGCAUUACGGAUUCAUAUACUGCAUGAUGAUCGCGAAAGGCCUGACAGCUCUCGCUGAUGCUGACGAGGAGCUCUUGGUAACUGGCGGAGGAGACGGCACCAUCAAAGCCUGGAAAUUGGGAAGCAAGGAUGCAGCGCCGGACGGGCUCGAGCACGGACUGGAAGAAGUCAUGAUGCUGGGUGAAGAGGACGCCAACUCUAUCAUGUCCCUGCAGGUCGACGGCUCGUUCCUCUACAGCGGAAAGCUGAGUGGCGUCAUCGAGCUCUGGGAUCUUGACACGCAGCAGAAGCUCCGGCAAAUCAAAGCGCACGAUGGAAAUGUCUGGAGCUUGCAGAUGGGCUGGGGUUAUCUCUGGAGCGUAGGCUCCAGCGGUACUGCGAGUAAGCAUAGCACUGUGCAGUACGGCAAAUACCAGCCGACCGAAUCUCAGAACGUGAGCCAGAAAUACCAGUGCCUGACAAAGUGGCAUGCUCACAACGGCAAGAUACUCGCUUCGGUCGUCACAACUCAUGACAAUAACCAGCUCUACAUCACCGGUGCGAAUGACAAUAGUGUAUCGGUGUGGAUGUUGGGCAACGAAGCCAAAACAGACCCAGAGAGCCACGAGGAGUCGGAAGACAUGAUGGUCACCUCAUUGCGCGAGUUCGUCUCCUACAAGACGAUCUCGUCCAAUCCAGAGUAUGCCGAAGACUGCAGGCAAGGAGCAACAUGGCUUCGGAGCCUGUUCAAGAAACUGGGCGCCGAAGUGGAGAUGCUCCAUGCAGACGACAUCCUGCAUCACCCGGUCGUGUUUGCGAAAUUCACCGGCAAGCAGCGAGCUGGAGAGAAGCGGAAGCGUGUCUUGUUUUAUGGGCACUACGAUGUCGUGCCUGCCGACACGAAAGACGCGAAGUGGGACAGCGACCCUUUCCAGCUCAAGGGCGAAAAUGGAUUCCUCUAUGGUCGUGGAGUGAGCGACAACAAGGGCCCCAUCAUGGCAGCACUAUAUGCAGUGACCGACUUGAUGCAGGCCAAGUCGCUCGACUCAGACGUCCUCUUCCUCAUAGAAGGACAGGAAGAAUCUGGCUCCAGUGGCUUCAGGCGGACAGUGCGCAAGCACAAAGAUACAAUUGGGCAUGUCGACUACAUCCUCCUCGCGAACAGCUACUGGCUCAACGACGACAUGCCGUGCCUGACGUAUGGCCUCCGUGGCGUCAUGCACGCCACGGUUUGCGUUGAAUCGCAACGGCCUGAUCUUCACUCUGGCGUCGACGGAUCAUACAUGAUCAACGAGCCAAUGUCGGAUCUGAUGACUAUCCUGUCCAAGCUCAAAGGCCCAAGGAACACAAUCAUGCUUCCGGGGUUCUAUGCCAACAUUCCGUCCCUUACUUCGGAGGAGGAGGCGCGGUAUGACGCGAUCAUCGAUGCGCUUGGUAUCCGUGCCAAAGGCAAGACAGUGGCUGACAACCUGAAGAAGAGCCUGAUGGCCCGAUGGCGAGAACCCAACCUGACUCAGCACGCUGUCAACGUGUCGGGUUCUGGAGGAGGUCUUAUCAGCAGCCAUGCCAGCGCCAAGAUCAGCAUUCGCCUCGUCCCUGGUCAGGAAGUACAAGAAACAGUUGAUGCACUCACAUCGUACCUGCAGAGCGAAUUCGACAAUCUCGUCUCUGACAACUUGUUGACCGUCCAGAUUGACAACACGGCAGAGCCCUGGCUUGGUGAUCCUGACAGUUACAUCUUCCGCACCCUGGAAGAAGCAGUGGUCAAGGCUUGGUCGCCAUUGUUCUCCGCGGACAACUCUUCAGACACUGACGAAUCAGAUGCCAAAGAGAUUGUCCCGGCAGGCACUGCGAAGCGCAUUGGUCCAUCCAAGCCUUUGUACAUCAGGGAGGGUGGCUCCAUUCCGGCCAUCCGCUUUCUGGAGAAGGAAUUUGAUGCGCCUGCAGCUCAUCUCCCAUGUGGGCAAGCGUCUGAUGCUGCCCAUUUGAACAAUGAGAAGUUGCGAGUGGAGAAUCUUUUCAAGAGCCGCGAAAUUUUUGCGGAUGUGUUCCGGCGAUUGUAG